CCAAUGGGAGCACGCGGCGCGGCCCCGCCCUGGACAAACGGGAGAGGCUCGUUGUGCGGGCCGAUUGGCAACUGCGAUGUCAGGCAUGGCGCUGGCAGUGCAACGAGCGCGGCUGAAGGCGGGGGGCCUGGGGUCCGCCCAGCGAGCGCAACCCUUCCUUGGACAGGACUUCGAGGCGCUGCGGGAUCACAGCCGGGGUACCGGCAGCUUGUUUCAGGAUCCUGCCUUCCCCGCCGCCGUCACCUCUCUCGGGUACCAGGAGCUGGGCGCCGGCUCGCACAAGACCCGCGGCGUGGAGUGGCUCCGGCCCCAGGAACUGUGCUCAAACCCAAAGUUCAUUGUGGAAGGAGCAACGCGAACUGAUAUCUGCCAGGGUGCCCUGGGAGACUGCUGGCUCCUGGCAGCCAUCGCCUCCCUCACCCUCAACUCUGAGGUCCUAAGCCGCGUGGUUCCAGAUGGACAGGGAUUCGGGGCUGGGUACGCUGGCAUCUUCCAUUUCCAGUUCUGGCAGUUCGGGGAGUGGGUAGACGUGGUGAUCGAUGACCGUCUGCCCACUCGGAAUGGGGAGCUGCUCUUUGUCCACUCGGCUGAGCGGAAUGAAUUCUGGAGCGCCCUGCUGGAGAAAGCCUAUGCCAAGUUGAACGGCAGUUACGAGGCGCUGUCGGGCGGAUCAACGACCGAGGGGUUUGAGGAUUUCACGGGAGGGGUCGCCGAGUGGUUCGAGUUGAAAUCUCCACCUCCCAACCUGUUCAACAUCAUCCAGAAGGCAUUGGAGAGGGGCUCCCUCCUGGGCUGCUCAAUCGAUAUCACCAGCGCGUCGGAAACGGAGGCGAUCACAUCCCAGAAACUGGUCAAAGGUCACGCCUACUCACUGACUGGUGCCGAGGAGGUGAUGUUCCGAGGGAGCCCAACGCAGUUGGUGAGGGUCCGUAACCCCUGGGGAGAGGUGGAGUGGACAGGAGCCUGGAGUGACAGCUCGGCCCAGUGGAACGGUAUCUCGUCCGAGGAUCGUGAACGACUGCAACAGCGCACGGAGGAUGGGGAGUUCUGGAUGUCAUAUCCGGAUUUCCUUCGCCACUACUCUCGGCUAGAGGUGUGUAACCUCACACCCGACACCCUCAACAGUGACCAGGUGCUCAAGUGGGACUACAGCCUGUUCACCGAGAAUUGGAGACGAGGAUCAACUGCUGGGGGGUGCCGUAACUACCCAGGGACGUUCUGGAUGAAUCCACAGUUUAAGAUCACACUGGAGGAGCCGGACGAGGAUGACAGUGAUGGGAAAUGCAGCUUCGUGGUGGCGCUGAUCCAGAAGAACCGGCGUUGCCGGAGGAAGAUGGGCGAGGACAUGCACACCAUCGGCUUUGCCGUCUAUGACGUUCCCGCUGAGUACAAUUCAGUGAACAAUGUGCACCUCGAUCGCUCAUACUUCACCACCCACGGGUCCCGCGUUCGCUCCGAGAGCUUCAUUAACCUACGCGAGGUGUCAAGCCGCUUUGCGCUGCCCCCUGGUCAGUACCUGGUCGUCCCCUCUACGUUCGAACCCCACAAGGAUGGUGACUUCGCCCUGAGGGUCUUCACACAGAGCAGCUCCCUCACCCAGCCAAUGGACACUGAGGAGAUUCGAGCAGACUUCGAGGAUGAGGCUGAGGUGAGUGAGCAAGAUGUCCCGGACAACUUCAAGGCCUUGUUUGGCAAACUGGCCGGCCCGGAUGGUCAGAUCUCUGUUUUUGGACUCCAGCGGAUCCUCAACAAAGUUGUGUCGAGCCGGUCGGACAUAAAAACAGACGGAUUUGGACUGGAGACCUGUCGCAACAUGGUCAACCUCCUCGAUCGUGACGGGAAUGGGAAACUGGGCCUGGUGGAAUUCAAGAAACUGUGGGACAAGAUCCAGAAGUUCCUGAAAAUCUACAAGAAGAACGACAUAGAUAAGUCGGGCACCAUGAGCUCCAGUGAGAUGCGGGUGGCUGUGGAGGAAACAGGUUUCCACCUCAACAACCAGCUGAGCCAGAUCCUGGUGGCCCGUUACUCCGACGAGCAGAUGAUCCUGGACUUUGACAACUUUGUCUCUUGCCUGAUCCGCCUGGAGGCCGUCUUCAAAAUGUUCAACGCGCUUCCCAAAGACCAGAAUGGAAACGUGGAGCUGGGACUGGUUGAGUGGCUGACAUUGGUAAUGGCCUGAUGAGUCGCCGUGCUCCUGUCCCGCUCCGAAUGUCAUGUUACUGCUGUUCGUCGAUCUGGAGCACAGGGUGUCCUUCCUGGCUGCUGUCACUCUGUCUGUACACUUCUUUGCUCGGCUGUGGGUGUUGGUGAAAUGGGGCAGUGUCCCCCACUUGUCCUGUGUCUUACAUUCCGGUCCACCCGCCGACAGUGCCUGUGGUCUGGGUGGGUGUGUGUGGUUCAGCGGAAGGGUAACGGUUAUCUGCCUUCUCCAGGGCCACUGGUCUCUGCUGCUUGCUUUCCACUUUACUUCUGCGUUACCAAUUAAACAGUUUUUAAACUGGA